AUGCCUAUCAUUGAAAGCACUAGAGCUGUGACGCGCUGGACCACUCGCAUAAUCCCGGUAAUUCUCGUUGGCGCCGUUAGCUAUGCUACCUUUGCCAUUGUCGGCAGGGUCUGUUCUAGCUAUCUCAUCAACAAGCGAUCCGAGCUCGGGCCAGCCAUUGUUAUCCUAGUUCUAUACUUCCUACUUUUCCUGUUGAUGGUAGGCACCUAUCUACGAACUGUCGCGACUGUCAUCCUCGAUCCCGGAAUUGUACCACUCGGACCGCUAGCGAUAGAGCGAAGGAAGAGAGCAAAGGAUAACAGAAGGCAAGGAAUUCAGGGACACGACCUCGAGAGCCGACCCUACUAUGGAGGCAUCGAUUUCGACCCGGACAGUCCGGGCUUAGAACAGUUCUAUACUAAGGACGUCUUUGUUUGUGAAAAUGACGGUAGACCGAAAUGGUGCUCUCAAUGUUGCAACUGGAAGCCAGACCGUGCCCAUCACAGUAGCGAGAUCGAUCGAUGCGUCCUUCGCAUGGACCACUACUGUCCGUGGGUCGGUGGCAUGAUAGGAGAGAACUCUUUCAAGUUCUUCGUACAGUUCACUACUUAUACUGCUUGCUACUGUGCCGUCGUUCUUGGUGCCGCAGCGUCGAGUAUCCGCAAGGAGAUUAAGGAGGGAUCUCCGUUGGAUCCUCAUUUUAUAGCGGCCACCGUGCUGGCCGCAUUCUUUGGGCUCUUCACUUUCCUAAUGACUGUGACAUCGGUGCGAUACAUCAUUCUCAACAUGACGAAUGUUGAUAUGCUUGGCUCUCGCACGAAGGUGCACCAAUUGGCUGUUCGCGUGCCCCGCGGCACCGAAUCAACGGACAAAUUCACUGUAGUGACAUAUCCGCUUCCAAAACCGGAAGAGGUGACGAACGGCCGGUCUAAUGACACGGCACGGCCUAGAGCGGUUGAAAGCAGGGGCGUGAGUCCGCAGCCGAACCGUGUCAGCCCGUCAUCCCGCGAUGAUUUAGCAACCCGAACUUUCGCGAUACUUAAGACGGAGCCCGGGGAAAAUCCGUGGAAUAUGGGGGCGUGGAAAAACUGGCAGAGCGUGAUGGGCACCAACGUUCUCGACUGGAUUCUACCGUUUCGAAGGUCACCCUGCGUCAACCACGAGAGCCACGAGAGCUUCUACCCUAUGGGCAAGGUCCUAGCAGACGUGCUCGCCAGAUACAAUCUUACCGAUCUCGCAUUUAAGAACGGCGCGGGGCUCGAGAUGAAGGAGCUUAGAAGAGGAAAUAGGUCUUAG